GGGAACGCGGUGACGCAAAUGUCUCCGCCCCUUGUCCCCGCCGGCGCCUCGCGUUGUGACGUCAGCCGUCCCGGAUCCCUCUCGAAUGCUGCUCUCCCCGCCUGAGCUCAGUGACAGCAGGGCCUAGCAGCAUCUUCCCAACUCCACCAUGGAGUUUGGAUGUUCAACAGAAAUGACAACAAACCCUCCAGCACCAGAAUAAAGAAAAUCGGAAACAGAGAAUCCCUUUCAAAAGACUUUCAGAACAAAAACCGUGCUGCUAUCCUGGCAGAGCUCAAACAGGAGAAGAAAAAAUUGAUAAUGCAGAAUCAGUCAGCAAUGAACAACCCUGGAGCCAGUAUCCCUUUAUCAAGACCUGCCUUUGCUAAAGAUUUUCGAGACCACGCUGAACAACAGCACAUAGCCGCACAACAGAAAGCAGCCUUGCAGCAUGCACAUGCACAUUCUUCAGGAUAUUUCAUAACUCAGGACUCUGCAUUUGGAAAUCUUAUUCUUCCCGUGUUGCCACGUUUGGAUCCAGAAUAACCACACAAAAUAAUGACUAUUAAACUGAUAAGAAAAAACGCAAACAGGGCUUCAUUUUUCAUACCAGAAUGAACACCGAUUUAAAGGGAAGAGAACAUUUAUCGAUCUGUUCAUUGGUUGAUUGUGUCAGUGGACCAUGACGUUUCAUUGCAGAUUUUGCAUAUGGAUAUUUUGUACAAGAGAAAAGGAAGCACCCAAUCUGUGUUUUAAAAUCUGAAUUCAAAAGUUUGCUUAUGUUUAGCUUUUGUGACUGGCCCCAGAAUUAAAUUCAUCGACACAAAGAUGCCAAAUGUUCUAGAACAAAUUAA